AUGAGUAGCAUUAAGCUUUACCAAGCAACAACCGUUACAGUACUGAUAUUAAUACUAUUACUCACCACCGCCGUUCACUCAUGUCCACCGUCAGACAGGGCGGCGCUACUAGCCUUCAAAGCGGCUCUCCAGGAUCCCUACCUCGGCAUCUUCAACUCAUGGACCGGCACCGACUGUUGCCACAAAUGGUACGGCGUGAGCUGCGACAGAGGCUCCCGCCGCGUCGCCGACAUCAACCUCCGCGGCGAGUCAGAAGAUCCCAUCUUCGAAAAAGCUCACCGCACCGGCUACAUGACCGGUUACAUCUCACCAGCCAUCUGCAAACUCAACCGUCUCUCAAGCAUAACCGUCGCCGACUGGAAAAACAUCUCCGGCGAAAUCCCCCGCUGUAUAACCUCCCUCCCUUUCCUCCGCAUCAUUGACCUCAUCGGAAACCGCAUCUCCGGACCUAUCCCCUACGACAUCGGCAGACUCCAGCGUCUCACCGUUCUUAACAUCGCCGAUAACGCCAUCUCCGGCAACCUCCCACCGUCGUUAACCAACUUAAGAAGCCUAAUGCACCUCGACAUCCGUAACAACCAGAUCACCGGCCCUAUACCUUCAGACAUCGGCAGGCUUCCAAUGCUGAGCAGGGCUUUACUCAGCGGUAACAAAAUCAGCGGGCUGAUACCCGAAUCAAUCGCUCAUAUCUACCGUCUCGCAGAUCUCGAUCUAUCUCGAAACCAAGUUUCCGGGCCCAUACCGGAAUCAUUAGGAAUAAGUGAUUUAAAUUUAAGCAGAAACAGUUUGGAAGGUAAUAUACCUGAUGUGUUUGGUGUGAGAUCUUAUUUCACGGUUUUGGAUUUGUCUUAUAAUAGACUUAAAGGAAGUAUUCCGAAAUCUAUGGCUUCUGCUUCUUAUAUUGGGCAUUUGGAUUUGAGUUAUAAUCAUUUGUGUGGGAAGAUUCCUGAUGGAGUUCCCUUUGAUCAUUUGGAGGCUUCUUCUUUUGUUUACAAUGAUUGUCUUUGUGGGAAGCCACUUAAAGCUUGUGUUAACUAA